AUGUUUGUUCAAUAUGGUUUACAAUCAAUAUUAAGAAAGACACAUCUAUCAUUAAAAAGUACAUAUAUAAUAUUCACAUAUAAUAUUCAACAUAAUAUUCUUCGUACUUUUUCAUCAAGUUCAUUCUAUCAUUACCGAUAUGAUCUAUUAUUCCGACAAAAUGUCCAUAGAUUAUCAAAACGAACACAAUCUAGCUCAACACCACCUUCAAAUACUAAUAGUAAUCAAUCAGUUUCAUCAGAUAAAAAUGCAUCUACAAUAACAACAAUAUCAAAAGAUCAUUCACGUAAAAUAAAAACAACUGAUUUUACUGAAAAUUAUACAGAUAAUAAACUUAUUACACCCAUACGAGCUAUGCAUGAGUAUUUAUUAAAUCCAUCAGAUUUAGAAACACUUCAACAAUAUAAAACACGUUCACCUUAUACAGAUGUUGCGGAUAGUUCACGUAUGCUUACAGUUUAUCGACGAGGUGAUGUCGAAAAACGAGCUUAUGAAGUAUGGGGUAGUCCAGAAAAUUUAUGCAAAGAAAAAGCUAAACGUACUAAAGCUCUACAAGAUGAAGAUGAAGCUAAAUUUGUUUUAAAAAGAUUCAUUACAGAACAUCAAAAACGUUUAUCAUUAUUAGAAAAUGCAUCAUUUGAUAAUCGAAAAUCAGUUAAAAGAAAUGUUCUUACAACAAGUAGUGGAAAAGUAGUUGUUGCAGCUGUUCUUAUUAAUGCAACAAAUGCUGUUGUAAAAACUAUUGGUUGGUUAUUUACUGGUUCAGCUUCAUUAUUUUCUGAAGCCGUACAUUCCAUUGCUGAUACAUGUAAUCAACUUAUAUUAACAUUUGGUUUAUGGAAAUCAAUUAAAAAACCUAAUCCUGCACAUCCUUAUGGUUAUUCAAAUAUGACAUAUAUAUCAUCACUUAUUAGUGGUGUAGGAAUAUUUUGUUUUGGUACAGGUUUAGCUUGGUAUCAUGGUAUAUUAGUAUUAUUACAUCCUCAAGAAAUGGAAUCUAUCUUUUGGGGUUUAACACUUUUAGGUGGUUCAUUAAUAUCUGAAGGAGCAACACUUUAUAUGGCUGUUAAUGAAAUUCGAGCAGCAGCUAAAGAAAGUGACAUGAAAUUUUGGGAAUAUGUUAAUCAAGGAUAUAAACCUAAUGUAAAUGUUGUUCUAUUGGAAGAUCUUGCAGCUGUUUUAGGUGUAUGUGUAGCUGGUACAGCUAUGGGUCUUUCACUUUAUCUUCAUUCACCUAUUCCAGAUGCUAUUGGAUCACUUAUUAUUGGUUGUAUCUUAGGUGGUGUUGCUUCUUUUAUUAUUUAUUCAAAUACAGCUGCACUUGUUGGACGAUCAAUUCAUCCGAAUCAGAUUGAAGCAAUUAAUAAUGAUUUAGAAAAUGAUCGAAUGGUUCGUGCUUUAUAUGAUAUUAAAGCCACAGAUAUGGGUUCACAAUCAGUUAUGUUUAAAGCUGAAGUUGAUAUAGAUGGAAGAGAAAUAACUCGAUCAUAUUUAGAAAGACUUGAUAUUGAACUUCUUCUUAAAGAAAUUCAAAAAAUUGAUACAAAUGAAUCACUUGAAAUAUUUCUUCUUAAACAUGGAGAAAAAGUUGUUGAUAGAGUUGGAGCAGAAAUUGAUCGUAUCGAACGUAAUCUUCGAAAAAAACAUCCAUACUUACGACAUGUCGAUUUGGAAGUUCUCUAG